GUCCUAGUAGAAGUACUAGAUUUAGUGUUUCUUGUGGUGGUGCCAGCAGAAGUUGCCGUUUGAUUUGGCAUCUUACUCUUUUUAGCAAAACAAGAUGUCUUCGAGCGACGACAGCGAUGAAGAGGAGACCGACGAAGAGACCAUCAACAUCAAUAUUCUCUUAAGGCUCGUUCUUUUGGAUACAUAUACAAUUUUUUCUAUUUGUUCUUAGGAUUUAAUUAUGAACAAGUGUUGAGGUGGGAUGUCCCAAUUUUUCAUUAAGUUCCGCUCUAGAAGUAUUCUUGUUUUGAGCUCUAAUUGAGGUGGGUGCUUCUUAUUUUUUCUAGUAGAGUUCGUUGAUUGUUUCAUAAUUUUUGAGCUUCUCUAAUUCAAGGAGGUGCCCAGCAGCGGCAGGCGCCUGCAGAAAGUUCGGAAUCAGAGGAAGAAGACACCGACCCCAGCGAGGAUGAACAGGAACAGUCGCUGCCUCCAAGUGAUGGGCUUGGGUCUCUUAGCGAGGAGGAAGAGGACACAAUGUCCUCGGAAGCGUCGGAAGCGGCUUCGGAUGGUGCAGAAGCGAUGCAGACGCAAUUAAGGCUUAGUAGGAAACUGUAAUCCAUCUUCUGAAGCAUCUCAGACCUGUCCCAUAAAAAGAGAAAAAUUAAUAGGUCUAAGAUGAAUCCCGCGAUGGAUUAGGGUGAGCUCUAACGCAAUCUUCGGAAUUUCUCGAGAGUAGUAUACCACCGGAAAGCGAACCUCCUCCACCAUCUUCAAGUGCAACGGCUACAACAGAGUCGGCAAGUGAGGAAGAAGAAGCGCCAGAAUUCGCAAGCGAUGGAGCGGAGGCCGAACAGCCACAAGUGGUUAAGGCUACCGCUGACCCAUUGUACAUUUAGAACUUCUAGUUGUACCAACAAGUAGAUCAAGCUGAAGUCUUUCCUUGUUCUCGUCAACAUCACCAUUAUCCUUGAUGGUUCUCCUUGUGAUUCUAAGUAUGUGGAAUAUCCCUCACCAUUCUUUUCUCCUUGCGACAUCCCUUACUCUUCAAACAUCCUGCUCUUCAAACAUCCUGCUCUUCAAACAUCCUGCUCUUCGAACAUCCUGCUCUUCAAACAUCCCUGGCUCUUCAAACAUCCUGCUCUUCAAACGUCCUGCUCUUCAAGCAUCCUGCUCUUCAAACAUCCUGCUUUUUAAACAUCCUGCUUUUUAAACAUCCCUGGCUCUUUUUCUCUUUGAAAGGAUCAUGGAUGGAGUCGGGGAAGCGAACGCGGUAGCUCUAACGUGAUUUCGGAAGCUAAGGAGUCGGAGUCUCCGGUGAGUUCUGCCGGUUAUGAUGAACACAAUAAAGCUUGUUUGACUUUGAUCUACAAGUGCUUCAAAUAGAGAUCAUUCGACUACUUGUUUAAGUAGAUCUAGCACUUCUACAUUGGAUCGAGAUACGAGAGUACUUGUUUAAGUGGAUCUAGCACUACAUUGAAUCGAGAUACGAGAGUACUUGUUUAAGUAGAUCUAGUACUUUAUAUAUAAGUAGACGAGAAAGAGAUAGAAGAGUACUUUUUUAUGUAGAUGAUCUAGUACAACUUUAAUCGCAGUUCUUAAAUGAGUUAGUGGUCUUAGAUGAGUUACUAGCGUACUGCAGUUGUACAACUAGAUCAUCAUCAUGUCUAGAUGAAGAUGAUAUAGCUCAUGAAGACAUGAUGAAAAAAGUUUUUGUUUGAUCGAAUUGAAAAGUAGCUGUAGUUGGAGUACAACGACCAAUUAAGAAUUAUAAGAUUACUUAAUAUAGCUAGGCACGACAGUGAUGUGACACGGCCAUGAAAGCUUCUGUCAGGAGCCGCCGAAGUCUUAGAUGAGUUAGCGUACUGCACUUGUACACCUAGAUCAUCAUCAUGUCUAGAUGAAGAUGAUAUAACUCAUUACUUAAAUCUUAUUAUACUAGCAAACGGUGUUGGCAAAAGUUAGAAAAAGAGGCCGUCUACAACACCGUGUAUAUCAUGCAGCUCUAGUAGUAAGUAGAUCUAGUGGUCUAGUAGUAAGUAGAUCUAGAUCUCUUCAUUCCUGUCCCGAGACCGCCUCUGAAGACGACGAGGACGAUGGCGAUUUCAAGCAUGUGAUUAAAGCGGAGCACUUCCCACCAGGUGUGAUGCCGUAUCAGACGAUUUUGACAAAAAAUCUACUAGCUGGCGUUGGCGUACAAAAUUAUGGACACUAGAUGGAGUAGAACUAGUUGGAACUAGUUGUAUGUUGCUGGGCGGGAGGAAAGACACUGGAAGUACUUAGCGGCGUGUAGCUAAGAGGCGGCGCUACCGAUUACCGUACGCGUUCAAAAUCGCCUCAAGUAAGUCGCGGAAGCAGACGUCAUCAAGAGCAGCCCUCUACUUUUUGGUCUACUGGGCAAGAAAAACUACUACAUUUGGGUCGUGGAUCAUCAUCUACAUUUUUUGGGGGGAGACUUGUUUUGUUGAAAAGUUUGUUGAAGAGAUGGGCGUUGUGCUUCAUCGUUUGCGUAGUCGUAGCGCCUGGCCGUUGUGCUUCAGGCUCCCCGCGGGGUAAUUAAAUGGAACUAUGGCCGGAAAUUGUAGACACAGGCCCCCAAAAAAAAAAGUUCGUUGAAGACCCCACCGGGAAUAAACGAAUGUCCGACCACAAUGCACUUCCUCUAACCUAAAACCAAGCCAAUGGAUAUGACGGAUGGCGAGUAUAUCGAUCGCGUAAUCGACCCAGCUCUACGUCCACUAGUUGACGAUUUGUCCAAACGAAUGCCCACUAAUCCAAUGGCGUACAUACGGAUGUGGGUACUUCUAAUCCUGCUUUCUGGUGAUAGUACUUCAACACCUUAAUAUUAUUAUUCAGGCGAUGACGAUUCCGAAUCCGAUUAGGAUUCUUGAACUGAAUAAUAAUUUCUCUUGUGCAAUCAAUUAUCAAUUUCAAGGCAGCUUCUAAAAUCGAGUCUACAACUUGUUUAAUCAGAUGACCACAGGGACAAGACUUUUCCUUUUGUGCAGACAAUUAUGGAGUCGUUCCUUUAUACAACGCUUGCUAUCUGACCACAACAUCAGUUGGACAACCCUCCUCCGUUGAACGUGACGAUGUACGAGCGACGACGAUACUACGACAGCACCAUUGCACCAAUUAUCCACUCUAUAGUCGAGGAAGCAUUGAUGCGACGACCUCCAGACUUUCUGAGGUGGCUCAGGGACCUCAUGAAGACGACAGUGCUCAAGGGGAAUCGACAUAUAUUAUGGCUGGUGCCUCAUCUAAUUCAUGAUCUCUGUGUGUAAUGUGUAUAAUGUAUCAUCAUGAUCGCGCAAGCUCAACCGUAGUAUAAAAAUUCAAGGGACGUUCAUAUUUUUGAGGGAGCCCCUUUUUAACCUCGGUUCUGGCACUUAUCUCACGCUCCUUAACCCUUUUUUUGGGGGAGUUCCAUGGGGCUGAAUAAGAGGCACUAGCUCAUCUAAAUAUAGGCGCGACAAGCGAUGGCCAAAUCCCCUUGGCCUACAGGGACUACGUCGCGUCGGAUGAAACCAUGCUGCAAUUGUUGAAAGCAGCUAUAAACAAUCCGGAUCCACCGAAGAUCGGCAACAGUUUGCACACGAAAAUCAACGACAUCAUCCAGCAGAGUGGGGGUGGAGAUCUUAGUGAAGUUUUGCAGAAGAAAAUUGCAAUGCAGGAUAAUUUUUUGGUAAGGCCAAGGAAGGCUCAGGCUGUUCUUUACGAUAAUUCUUAAUCAUCUCUUUUUCUUCCACCGAGUAGACAUAAGACCUAGGGGGUGUUUGUCUUGUUGUCAGAAAGUACAGCUAUGUAUAAAGAAGUACUAGGUCUUCUCCAAAAACUAGGGUAAAAAAGUACUACGCCAGUGAAGAGAAAAUAAUCUUCUAAUUUUUAUUGAUUCAACAUCAUUUUUGCGCCCCCUCUAAGCACAGUGAACGCUGCCAAUUCUGGCUCAGCCGGUGGUGACAAACAAGCCGUAGCGCAAGCUUUGAUCGGUCUAGCGAAUUCACUCAUGGGUGGUGGAGGUAGUGGUCAGGAGACAAUCGCUCCUGGGAGUCCUGCCUUUGGACCGUUAGUUAAGAAAUCUUGCUUCGGAAGCAUUUUUUGGUAAUCCAUCUUGCUUGCAUCGGCUACAACAGAAUCGGCCUAUCUUGCUUGGGAAGCAUCUUGGGGCACCGCUCUAAGGGAAAAACAGAUUCAAGAUGACUUUCAAGAUGGAUCACGGAAGAAUCUAAUUUAGGUUUUAACGUUGGUGGCGUGCCUGACGGAGCCUUACGCCAGCCAAUAGGUGGCAUGAAUUACGCGGCGGGGCAGAGACCGACGAAUUAUGAGAAAAUGAUGCUGGAAUAAAGAUGAACGUGAAGGUGUCGUGAAGAAGAGUUUAGAGAAGAUUUACCUUGCUUGUUUUUACCGAAAUGCAAUAAUUACUUUAUGAACUUUAGGUGUACAACUUAUACAGCUCCUUUAGAGUGCGCUAAUCCAUUCUUCAGGAGUAGAACAAGGUGAAAGAAUUGGAAGCUCAUCUUCUAACUCAUCUCGGGAGGUGUGGGUUUUAACGCGCACGCUUUGCACAACGUAAACCUAGAAGCCGGUCCAGGACUUUCUGCGGAUAAGAUUGGGCCGUUGCACCAAUCUACUGGACAAACAAUCGCCAGAGUAAUGACUAACAAUGCCCGCGCGAGGCAUGAGGGAGAGACGAAUUUGACUGGGCAGAUAGCGCCGAUUCCAACUGAGCGCGGAGGAUGGGAUAAUGAGGUGGAAGACACCAUGCGACGAGAGUGGAAGACAGAGGCUGAUGAGAUUUAAGGCUUCCCCCAAUCCAUCUUUGUAGGGAUCCCUCAAUCGCAAUCGCAUGCACCGAAAUGCAAUGGCGAACAUUCUUGAGAAAUCUCCGCCAGGAUGAAUUGGGGAGAGGUCUAAGAGGUAUUCCGUCUCCAUUUUGAUCAUAGUGCUGAUACAAAAGAGCUGGGAGCCUUGCAAGGAGAACAGUUGCAAAAAAUUGAGCAUGAGAUGCAAGGGGAAGGAUCUGCGGCAGGCAGUGGCGGUGGUGGAUCAAUCGAGUCUGGGAAUGAAGACGAACAAGCUGGUGGGGGUGGGGCAUCAGCCUCAGGAGCUAAGAACAAGAAAGGUGGGUCAGAUGGGUCAGCUGCAGCAGCGCCACCUGCACGAGCCAACCCAUACUCAUUCUAUGCCGAUCUACACGACGCGGAUAUGGAAGAGGAAGGCUGGCUGACCGGAGAACAAGCGUUUUUAUGGAGGUACAACUAGACGCAAUAAAGACAGAGACUUUCAAAUUCAGUACGCUCUUCUGGUUGUCGUGAAGUAGUGACGACUACUUGACUACUUAGAGAGUCUGAUUUAUUUGACUCAAGUGAGUAGCUUGUUCAUCAUGAAAAUAAAUUCUCUGAUAAUGGUGAAAGCUACUCUUGACUCAUCAAAAACCUCUAACUCUCGGCUCAUCAAGUAAAUCGAAAUCGGCGAAUACUAGAAAAAAUAAAAACGAUCGCGAAGCAGGGAGAGCGAGUUCACCAUCUUCGAAGAAAAACAAGAAAGCAUCUGCUUCAGAAAGCAAGGGAGAAGCCAAAGCACGUGGUCGAGACUCCUCCAUAGAAAAAAAGUCCAAGAAAGAAAAGGGGUCGUCAAGGAAAGAAGACAAGCGUGCAAGUGACAGGGAGACUGUUAAUUUGGAGAGUUCCCGAAGCAGACGAGCAACAUCGAGAACCACAACGAGUCCAAUAUUGAAAGACACCUCAUCUUCAUCGCGUUCCUCACUCUUGCGUGCUCAUGAUUCCCCUAAAAGGUCCGUGACUUUUUCUCCCGACGUCCUCCGAGACAACGUCGACGUGUACCCCGCCAGAGAUGCAGACUUGUACAGGGGUUUGAAGUACGACUAUUCCAAAGCCACUAGAGAUCGAGAUCGAGAUCCACUUACCACCACCACGGGUCGGCAAAGUAAUUAUAGAAGAGGUGCUGCUAGACCCACUUCUCCAAGAACUACAAGUGCCAGAAGUGCUGGAGGACACGAUUUCGAACCAAGAACGAAACUCGCUGAAGACAUUAUCAAAGCUGCGAGGGCGACGAGAGUUGUAGAUCGAACAUCUCCCAGGAGACGUGCUGUUGGAGAAGGUGGCACAACAACUACUGCAACAUCGGAUGAACAAUACAGGAGUUUUGCGCGUGAGGGUGCUCACACACGAUCGGCAGGAGCUUCUUCUUCCAGUUCUAGCAUAGCAGGAAAAACAUCUUCGGCAUCCAGAACAAGACACAGAAUUGAUCUUUCAAAAGUGAGCCACGGUGAACGUGAACAAGGAGCUUCAUCACCCUCGUCGAGUCGAGCCUUGCAAGAGCUUGACGCUGAAUUUGCUGAGCUCCAAGGUGGUCGCGGCCACAAAAAUCAGAAGAGCGCAGGAGCCUCUGGACUCGACUUGAAUAGUAGAACCACUUCUAGAGAUCCCUCUGCGAGGACGCUAGAUUUCGACUCCACUUCUGUUUAUUCAGACGAUUCAAAGGGAUCAUCUUCUACCUCAUCAUCUGUACGUCCUGAUGGAGUUGUGCGUGUUCGAACUAGACCACGCGCAGGUGCCGCUGACCUUGGAGAUCAUACUGUUCGUUCGAGUAGAGAACUGUUGAAGGAAAGAAAGAAAACGAGGACUGCUGCUGCAACGUCCUCGUCAUCGCACCAGCUAGUGUCUAGUACAGCGAGGAUUACUAGUUCUAGUAAAACGAAAACCACUUCUUCCAGUUCGAUGGCGAUGACAAAAAUAGACAAAAACUCAGCACCGGUGACUGGUGGUUAUUUGAUUCGUGUUACACGACAACACUUGGAGGAGGCAGCAUCAAACCCGAUCGUGGACGCAAAUGUUGGAAGCUUGAUGUCCCUGAUGAAAGAGGCUGGGUUCUACGAAGCGUGGCGCAAAAGUGGAGACAAGUUGCCACCUAUCGGCGAUGUGCUCUGCACAGUGUCAUUACCCACUUCUGCGUCCGGCGAAUUGCCUGAGGCCUCGGACGACGAGCGUUUUGCACGACUAGUUCGGACAAAGGCCUUGUUGGUGAUGCCAGUUUUAUGGACUCUGAUGUUUUUUAGUUCACCUUAUAUGCUAUAAUCCCACCUAUUAAUAUCAUGUUUAAUUCCCCACGACCACCUCCUCUUCUAAUAUCUGGUCGCAAAGCGGUCAUACCGCCACACGAGUUGCUCUCGCAUAGUGUGAAAGCGAUCGCUCUGUUUCUGCGCCGCGUCCUUCGAAAUUUCCAGACGCUCUCACGGAUCGAAGUCUUAGAUCCAGGAGUCCAGCUUGCGGAGAUGUAUUCUACCUCUGCGUCUUCGAGAAGGAAUUAAGGGUAGGUUAAAGGUGCUUUUCUUACCGCUUUUUAUGCCUUAGGAGGAGAAAGGCAUAACAAGCGGGGUAAGCGAGCACGAAAAACCUACCUCUAAAGGAAGUCGCGUCAAGAAGGGUCCUCUGGGUCUAGUCUUUCCAAACUCCAGCAAGAGGUAACAUCAACCUGCGACACGCCAAGUUCAGUUGUGGAUAUGCGGCUUGCUAGAGCUGGAUCUGUCGUGGGUCGACGUCUGCGCAUGCUAGGGAUCCUAGAGGAGAGUCUGGCGUCGUCGAUCGUUUCGGACUCGCCUUCGGAUGAGCGCGAUGCAGCAAGUUGGCGUUUGGCUUUCGCUGAAAAAGGCGGCGAAGUUGUCGAUAUUAUAGGGGCGAAAGAAUGAAAUCUUUCGCUGAAAAAGGCGGCGAAGUUGUCGAUAUUAUAGGGGCGAACGAAUGAAAAUGAUGCUUCUUGGCCACCUAGAAAAGGUUAUAGAUAUUUACAUAGGUGUAGGUCUUCACGUCGUUUAGAAUUCGAAAAGUAUCUAUGUAAUCUUCGUUUUUGCAUAAGUAAGUGGGUGACCAGCAUGGAGAUUGAUGACUGCUUUUUCCGAUGUUCACAGUUUUUUUUUCAAGAAUUGAUUUUUCUGCAUCGUUACAUAAGGAACAAACUGGUUCUUGUUCCUUAUGUGGAUUCCACCACGGACACGAAGUUCGUGGAGGUCCUGAGCAGGUCCUACACUCAAUAUUUUUAUCUACCAAGAAACACUUCUGCGUUAUUGUUUCGUUUAUCACUAAGAGAACUGAAUCGACGUUGUUUAUAUAGAACACUCUCUCUAUUUUCUGGACAGUUAAAAAGUCAGCAGAAAAAACGUAGAUAUGAUCGACACGGCUUCGACUGUUUCGUGUACAGAAGCACCAAAAAGAGGGAUGCGAUUUGAUUUUGGUUUUGCUCGAUGGCUGUCUGAUGUAAGAAAGAAUUGCGAUCUUCGGUUGUCAUGGCAAUUCUUCCAAGAAAUGAUAGAGUCCAACAUUCUAGGAUGAAGCCGAAGAUUAUAGGAGAGUAUGAAGAUUGGGCUUCACGUACUCUCGCAGGAC